ACUGAGAAUUUCUGACGCACAGGAGUCUCUAGGUUAUGAAAAUAGUUUACAUAAAUAAAUACGUGUAUUAUACAUAACUAAUAGUUCUUCGCUCAGCCACAGCGCGCUUCGUUGUUGCUCGCUCGAUAAAUAAUGUGGCGAGUUUGUUUAAUAAUUAAAAGCUAACUGACCAGGCCGACCUUUUCGGAAUCAGCUCCGUUGUAACCAACAGCAACAGACUGUACACAACAAACAUGCGCUUCGGAUGAGCAUCAAGAAAAACAAACUGACGUGAUAAAUUAAGUAUAAAAUGAGCUCUCCGCUCUCCUCCCUGGGGAAGUUCAGAAGGACUCCACUGCCAGAAUCACAGAAUCACAGGGGGAAGCAAGUCCCCUUUAAACCGAACCCCUACUCAGAUGAUGAAGUUGCUCUGUUGAAUGACAUCCUAAGUCCAGGGCUGGCCGCACCUUCUGCUGUGGCUUCUGAUGGCUCUUCCACUUCCAGGUCAAAGGCCACACUCCAUAAAAGCAGCACCAAGGGCUCUUCACCCAAUGAUUUUGAGCUGAUGUCUACCAUGAUGCAGAAACUGACUCAGCUGGAGCAGAGAGCUGUAACCCAAGCCCAGGACAUCAAACAAAAGGAUAAAAAGAUUGCCGUCCUUGAAGAAAAGUUAAAGAUCCUCCAGAAGUCAAAAGAAGGGACGUCCACAGAGCCGAGCAAGACUGAGGAGCUUGAGAGGACAUGUCUUCAGCUACAGAACCAGGUGUGGGAGAUGGAGCAAUUUUUGAACGACUACGGGAUGGUUUGGAUCGGAGACAAAAGGGAGCGCCGUGAUGUUUACCCACAGGAAGAGGACGAGCGCAGAGAGAAAGCACAUAACAGCAGCCAGCACCUGUGGCAGCCAGGGCGCUCAGUGGUGAAGGAUUUCCGCAUGGAUUUCAACCUGGUCCAGAAGAACAUCAGAGACCUGAACGUGCUGGCCGGGGAAGGGGAGGCGCACGUCAAGCACACUGUGGGAGGAGCCAGGCUGGAACGCCACGCCCCCAUCCCGCUCACCCUCUUCCAGAACGGGAUCCUGAUGUUUAACGGUCCGUUCCGCUCCUACGAGGAACCCACCACACAGCAAUGUAUGCAGGAUAUAAUGGAUGGGUACUUCCCCACUGAACUGCAAAACAGAUUCCCUGAUGGGGUUCCCUUCCAGCUGUCUGAUAAACGCGAUGUGGUUUUCCGAGAGAGGCAGCGGUGGGGUGAGUUCCCUGGUGCAGGGCAGGCUGUGGGCAGCAGAACCGGGCCAGCUUCAGACCCAGCUUCACAACCUGUGCAGGAGACCAGCCACCUACCAGGUCACAGGCUGUCUGUGGGUCAGUUUUUAAAUAAACUUCCCAAGUCUGUGAUAAAGGAAGGAAAGGUGAUCGACAUCCGAGGGGCCAUCGAGCAAAACCUCCAGGGUUCAUCUUCCUCUCCGAGUCCCAGUGUGAUCCUGAUAGAAACCCCCUCUCUUGUGGCAUUGAAAGAGAGGUUGGAAGUGGAUGAGAAGAGCAGACCUGCCACUGCCAAGGACGUCUCCACGCUGCGGGUGAAAUCUGAAGAUGGGGAGCAGACUUUCAUUCUGAAGAUGCACUUCUCAGAAACGAUAGGGCAGCUCCGCGCCUACCUGAACCAGCACAGGGGGGAAGAGCAGCACCUCUAUGACAUCGUCAGCUCUUUCCCGCAGCAGAGGUACAGUGACGACUCAAAGACUCUGAGGGAGUGUGGCCUGGUACCCAACGCUACCCUCCUCCUGAGAAACAGGAAUCCGUCGUAGGAGAGGUCACGUGGAGCUGUAACUCUGAAACUCGGCUGGGUGUGAUAGGCAACAAGACAGCACCUCAAUUAGAGGAAAAAAAUCUUAAUUUUGCUUAAAUGAGAAGACAGCUUGGGAGCGCUUACAUGAUAUCACUUGUUUUUUUUUUUUUGUUCUAUAUAAACACACACAAUGUAUUGUAAAGGGCAAAGUGCAUGCAAAACAGCAUUUAUUUGAAAAAAAGAUUCCCAAUGUUCCUUUUUGAAAGUUAACUACAAUGUGUCUUUAAUGAACUCCUACUUUUAUGAAAACCAGAAUCAUUUUUAGCUGCAAACUAAUAUAAUUCAGUAGAAUAUAAGCACCUCCAGGUUAUUUCACUCAUUCACUUAUUAAUUCCUAUAAAAACAUCUUUCUUA